AUGGUGGAUGUUGAUGUUUGUACGGGUGGAGAUAGUACCAGAAGAAAAAUGGAUGCCCUGGCAGAUAGUGCGGUUGAGAUUGUCCCUUUGGAGCUCUAUGAUUCAGCCAGAGCAAAAAUAGCUGCUAAUCUACAAUGGAUCUGUGCUAAAGCCUACGGAAUAGACAAUGUCCCAGAGGAGCUGAAGGACCCAUUUUACAUAGACCAGUAUGAGCAGGAGCACAUUAAACCCCCGGUCAUCAAGCUGCUGCUGUCCAGUGAGCUGUACUGCCGUGUCUGCAGCCUCAUUCUGAAGGGGGAUCAGGUGGCUGCGCUGCAGGGACACCAGUCGGUGAUCCAGGCUCUGUCUCGAAAAGGGAUUUACGUCAUGGAGAGUGAUGAUACACCUGUGUCUGAAUCUGAUCUGGGCUGUGCACCAAUCAAAAUGAGUUCUCACAUGGCAAUGAUCGAUGCUCUAAUGAUGGCCUAUACUGUGGAAAUGAUCAGCAUUGAAAAGGUGGUUGCUAGCGUCAAGCGUUUCUCUACAUUCAGUGCCUCAAAAGAACUGCCCUAUGAUUUGGAGGAUGCAAUGGUUUUCUGGAUUAACAAGGUGAACCUUAAAAUGAGAGAGAUAACAGAAAAAGAGAUUAAAUUAAAACAGCAACUAAUGGAAAGUCCAGGACACCAAAAGGUGCGUUACCGAAGAGACCAUCUUUCAAGCAGGCAAUUGCCGUACUUUCCUUUGCUUGAAGACUUGAUGAAGGAUGGCAGUGAUGGUGCUGCUCUUCUAGCUGUGAUACACUAUUAUUGUCCGGAGCAUAUGAAAUUAGAUGAUAUUUGUUUGAAGGAGGUAACAUCAAUUGCAGACAGCCUCUAUAAUAUUCAACUCUUGAGAGAAUUCUCAAAUGAGUAUCUAAACAAAUGCUUUUACCUCACAUUGGAGGACAUGUUAUAUGCUCCUUUGGUUUUAAAGCCUAACGUCAUGGUCUUCAUUGCGGAACUCUUCUGGUGGUUUGAGAAUGUCAAACCAGACUUUGUACAACCACGAGAUAUUCAGGAAAUAAAAGAUGUUAAAACAGUGUUGCAGCAAAAGAGCAGUCGCCCGCCUGUUCCUAUUUCCAAUGCAACCAAGCGCAGUUUCAUGGCCAGCCCCGCUACCACGAGUCCCGCGGAGCUGCAGCCCUCGGCUCAGGCAGGCCCUGAAGCUUGCAGUAGGUACUACCUGCACCCCGAGGAGCCUGACUAUCUUGGUAAAGGAGGAAGCCCUGCCUUUAGCCCUUCCCAUCCACUGCUCCCUUUGAGACAAAAGCAGCAAAAAUCUUUACAGGGAGAAGACAGCCCUGGUCAUCGUCAUCGUUCCAAUUCUCUGACCCGUGUUGAUGGGCAGCCACGAGGUUCAAUUCUUGCAUGGCCAGAGAGGAAACCCAGGCCUCUGUCUCAGCCAACACCAUUUGCUCUUCAUCAUUCUGCCAGCAGUGAUGUGGACCCUGGGUCUGGUGACAGCAUUAGUCUGGCUAGAUCAAUCAGCAAGGACAGUCUUGCUUCAAACAUUGUUAAUGUCACUCCGAAAAAUCAGCCGCAUCCUACAUCAACGAAAACGAACGGGAAGAGCUUGCUGAACAACGUUGAAAUUGAGGAUGAAGAUGAGGAACUUAUUGCAAUAAUCAGAUCUGAAGAAAGGCCAAACCGUGGUGAUCCUGAAUUGCCGAAUGCCUCAGCCAGGGUGCCCAGCAUAGUUGCAAGUGCGUGGUCUCCAAAAACAAAUAGCGAGACUUUAGAAAGCAAACCGGACAGUUUUCACUUGGAGCCCUUAAUGCCUGCUAUACUAAAACCAGCAAAGGAAAAACAGAUAAUCAAUAAAGAGGAUGAAUGUGGGGAAGGGAAACAAAGGAGUUUUAUAACAAAGAGAUUAAACGAGGGACACUUGUCUUUGAUUCGCAAGAAAACAAAUAGCAGUCAUGGUGACCGUGACCAUGACCUCAAUAGGACUUUUACUCCGAUUUCCAGUUCUGAUUUCACUCCAGUUCCAGAUCCUAGCGCUGCAGACUCGGUGGCUUUGCUGGAAGCAGGGUUGGAAGCUUCUAGACCUUUGGCGAGUAGCAGUUUAGAUCCCUCCGCUCAGGAGCUGUCCUCUGGAGGAUUUUUUCUUCAUGCUGCUAAAUCUGAUGAUGACAUAGCGGGUAAAGUCAAUGUAAGUUAUGUGAAAAGCCUCAACCUGCGUGUUCCGGAUACUACGUGGACUAUGGUGAGACAGGACUCUGAUUCAGAUCUCUUAGACAUAGAAGAUGCUGAGCAGGAUUUGGUAGUCCUCGAUGACCAUCCUAUCGUCGCUAAAUACAUCGGUGAGGAAGAAUCUGCAAAACUGCAGGAAGAUAUGAAGGUAAAAGAACAUGAAGAUAAGGAUGAUGCUAGUGGGCGUUCCAGCCCCUGUUUGAGUACAAUUUCUCAAGUUAGCAGUGUGUCAGUGGCUAGCGGGAGUGUCCGAAUGACCAAUUUUGCAGAACGGAAGCUUCAGAGGCUAAAUAGCUAUGAAACAAAGUCCAGCACAAGUAGUUCACAAAAGACCACACCAGAUGGAUCAGAAAGCUGCCCAGCACCACUGACCACAUGGAAACAAAAGCGAGAACAAAGUCCCAACAGACAAAAUAAAGAUAAUGUUAAUCUUUUAGCUUCUGAAUUGGCGCAGCUUCAUAUGCAGUUGGAAGAGAAACGAAGGGCAAUAGAAGCUCAGAAGAAGAAGAUGGAAGCCUUAUCAGCAAGGCAACGACUAAAAUUGGGCAAGGCAGCUUUCUUGCACGUUGUUAAAAAAGGGAAAUCUCCUGAUGUUCCACAGGCACUCAAACCAGAACAUUUUGCGAAAGAAUAUUCUCGGCACAAUGGUGAAGAGUUGGAUGAAGUUUCUUUGGGUUCCAAAUCCGAGGAGUUUCUUGUCAAAGAGGAGGAGAGAGAAGAAAUGCUUAAUGACUCUCAAGAGGUAACAAAAGUAAAAAUGCAAGAAAGCAUAGCUUUUGCUGAGCAACAUAAACCAAAAGACUCUGCUGCUCUCCAUGAUUUGGAAAAAAGUAAAAUUAUUUCUGUUGCCCUCCUAGAAGACAAUGUUACUGAAGUGGAUAUAAAUGAAUGUGAUCUUUCUAUUGAGAAACUAAACGAAACAAUCAGUACACUUCAGCAGGCUAUCUUAAAGAUUUCUCAGCAACAGGAACUGCUUAUGAAAUCUCCAUCAGUGCCAUCACCAGGAACCAGAAGUAACUCUCAGGACCAAAAGAUAAAACCAUCAAUUCAUUUUGUUGAGCCUCUGUCUCCAACUGGAUUGAACAGUCUUCGUAAACCACCUCGAUUUGGUCAAGGAAGGGGUCCUCGGUCAGGAAGACCGGCUGAUCUGAAGGUCGCAAAGGACAGACAACAAAAUUCGACACGUGUUAAAACCCCGACGCCAAGUCUAGAAACUUUACCACAUUUAAGACCAUUUCCAUCCAAUAGCUUGUCAAAGACGCCGACAGAAAUCAGCUUGGAAAGCAGUCCUGAUCUUGGAAGUGGUUCUCAAGAAAAGUGUUUCUUUGACACCUACAGACUUCACGAUGAGAGCAAUCAACGGGCACUCAUUCUCUCCACCUCCAAAGAUGCAAAUAUUAUUUCUGAAAUGAGCAAAGAGGUGAAUAACAGCUUCAAGGAAACGGGGUUGAAUUCUUCUGAUGGCUCAGGAAAAGAAAAUGUCCCAGUGGAUGAGCCCCUGAGAAGCAAGGCCAAUCUCAUCGAAGUGGACUUGUCGGACUUAAAAGCUCCAGAUGAAGGAGAACUUGAAAGCCAGGAUAGCUCUACAGAUAUCAUUAGUGAAGGCGACCAGAAGUCUGGUGUGGGGUUCUUCUUCAAGGAUGAACAGAAAGCAGAAGAUGAGCUCGCAAAAAAACGUGCAGCGUUCCUCUUAAAACAGCAGCGCAAAGCUGAGGAGGCUCGGAUUCGGAAACAGCAGCUGGAGGCUGAAGUUGAACAAAAAAGAGAUGAAGCUCGUCGCAAAGCUGAGGAGGACCGAAUACGGAAAGAAGAGGAGAAAGCUCGAAGAGAACUCAUCAAGCAAGAGUAUCUAAGGAAAAAACAGCAGCAAAUUUUGGAGGAGCAGGGACUUGGAAAGCCCAAAACAAAGCCCAAAAAACCCAGACCGAAGUCGGUCCAUCGUGAAGAAUCCUACAGUGAUUCAGGGACAAAGUGUUCUUCCACACCUGAUAAUUUGAGCAGUGCUCAGUCUGGUUCCAGUCUGUCUUUGGCCUCUGCAGCAACAACUGAACCCGAAAGCGUGCACUCUGGUGGCACGCCAUCUCAGAGAGUUGAAUCUAUGGAGUCCUUACCAAUACUGAGCAGAAAUCCUAGCAGAAACACAGAAAGAGACUGGGAGAAUGCUUCCACAGCAUCUUCUAUUGCUUCAGUGGCAGAAUACACAGGUCCAAAAUUAUUUAAGGAACCCAGCAGCAAAUCAAACAAACACAUUAUUCACAAUGCUAUAUCUCAUUGCUGUCUUGCUGGAAAAGUGAAUGAACCGCAUAAGAAUUCAAUAUUGGAGGAACUAGAAAAAUGUGAUGCCAACCACUACAUCAUUUUGUUCCGGGAUGCUGGCUGCCAGUUUAGAGCACUUUACUGCUACUAUCCUGACACUGAAGAGAUCUACAAGCUGACGGGAACAGGGCCAAAGAGCAUCACCAAGAAAAUGAUUGACAAACUUUAUAAGUACAGUUCGGACAGAAAACAGUUUAACGUGAUUCCAGCCAAAACCAUGUCUGUCAGCGUGGAUGCUCUCACUAUCCAUAACCACUUGUGGCAAGCCAAGCGACCUGCAGUGCCAAAGAAGACUCAGACUCGUAAAUGACACUGAGUUCUUGGGGAAAGGAUCACCGAAUGGGAUUGUGUCGAAAGAAGACACGUUUACUAUUUCCCUCCUGUUUGGUAUGAAAUGUGCAGAACCAUAAACACUUUUUAAGAAGCUUCUAAACAGAAACCGUGGAUGCAAGUUAUUAAGAAUGAAGGAACGUUGCCAGUGUUUUUUUAUGAAUGAUAAAUCUGCUGUUACACCCAAUGCUAACUACUGUG